AUGCCUCCAAUUGGGGAUUUCCUAACCUACAGCCGCAUCCUCGACCUCCAGACCCCCGUCACAGGCGACUUCACCUGCGCCGGCACAGCUGGCCGCAACGCACACGACCAUGGCCGCCGCUGCCUGCGCCUCAUCCGCAUCGGCGACUGGGGCGCGAUUCACACCGACGUGGCUAACCUCUGCCGCGCCGACACGCUCGCAGCGGUAGAAUCACACCUAGGAAACCUCGCCUCGCAUGCGCUCUGCCAUCAACACCAGAAUCAGCGUGAGGAGAUCGUGUCGCGCUGGCACCCCCUCGUGGCUACGCAGCGUUUUCUUGACGGGCAGCAGGACGGCAACGUGGUUGCGCGGAGGCCGCGGGCGAACCCUCGCGGCCCGAAAGAGAUUAAGGAUGAUGAGAUGUGUGGGAUUUGCACGGAGGUGUUGACGGAGCCGGUGCUGACGCCUUGUGGGCAUUUGUUCUGCACGGCGUGUUUGAAGCAGUGGUUUAAUGGGGUCCAGCGUAAGACUUGUCCGAUGGAUCGGAAGGCGUUGGCGUGGGGUCGUCUUGUGAUGGCUUUGGAGGAUGGGAGGGAGGAGGACGAUAUGUCUGAGUAG